AUGCAUACCAAGGCCCUCUUCGUCGUCGCCGCCCUCGCCACGUCCGUCCUCGGCCAGGAGCCCGCGACGGUCCAGCUGGGCGUCACGUCCAAGGCGGCCGAGUACGCGCCGGCCCCGACCUCUGAGCAUCACGACUGGCCUCACACGCCGUCCACCUGGGAGAAGCCCUCGUGGAGCACGAGGAGCCACGCCACCAACCAGACUGUCGUGACCCGGACCAAGGUCGUCAGCCGCUUCACCACCUACUGCCCGGGGCCUACGACCCUGUCCGUCGGCACCAAGACGUAUACCGUCACCGCGGCCACCACUCUGACCAUUAGCGAGUGCCCCUGCACCAUCACCGAGGUGGUGCCUCCUCCCAGCCCUCCCAACCCUCCCGUGCACACCACCGGCGGCGUCAAGCCCCCCGUCACCACUGGCGCCGUCGUCGCCGGUGCCGACGGCCUCGCUGCCGCCUAUGGCUUCGCCAUGGCUGCCGCCGGUGUUGUCGGCGCCUUUGCCCUGUGA